GCCAGCGCACGCCACUGUAGAAGGUAGAAUUAUUCAUGCAUUGAUGGCAUGACGCUGCAUUUCUAAUCAAUGGGAAACAUAGUAUUUUACGAUACUUGCCGGGUAAUGCUGAAUUGGGCUGCUUUACAGCUCGCGUAAAGCAGCUGUACUGAAAGACUUGUUCUAUUAUAUCCCGACCACUUAGCCUACCCAGAAGGGUCUGUGCCGCUUGGAUGCUCGGUGCGGUGACUGAGUGCCUCGCCGAGAGACAGCUCGUGUGCUUGCUCUGCUCCGGGUAGGGAAGGGAAACUGGUGCAUCACUGUAAGUACGUCUUUAGUUAUCAACAGUCGCGGGGAGCUCCGUAAAGCAAACUGCUAAACUGUGCACUCUUUACCUAUAUUGUAAACAACGAAAGCGACAUUUAUAGAGUAGGUUACUAUUUGAAUGUAUUUGGUCGGUGAUACAAUACCUUUUGCACUCUAGUGAGGGACGGAUAUUAAUUGUGCAUAGCCACCCAACUCACUCACCAACAGCAUUGCCACGAUUCAACACAGUGAUGUCUGUGUACAGAAUUUUGAUAGGAGUAUCAAAACACGGAUUAUUUAAAUGAAAUACCAAUUGCAAGGAUAAUUACAUAUACGAGUGAAGACCCAGAAAGGUACCAAAAGGAUUCCAUACAUUUGUGAUUGGAUGUGAGUCUUUGACCCCAGAAAUCUGACGAUGAUGUUGCUAUGGAAACUGCUGGUGCUGAAGUCACUCAUGGGGUGCCUGGCAGAGAGCAGUGUCUUGCAGAGCCCAGUGUUCACCAAGCAGCCUGGCAGCAUUGUGUUUCCUGUUGACUCCCAGGAAAACAACAGAGACGUGGUGUUCAGCUGUGAGGCACAGGGAAGCCCAUCUCCCCUUUAUCGGUGGAAACUGAAUGGCACUGCGAUCACUCCCAAAUCAGCCUCACACUAUAGCCUGUCUGGAGGCAACCUCCGAAUCAGCCAUUUAAACAAAGAGCAGGAUGCUGGAACAUAUCAGUGCCUCGCCUUCAACUCUUUUGGGACCAUCGUGAGCCGAGAGGCCAGUCUAACCUUUGCAUACUUGGGAAACUUCAAGACCCACCGAAGAAACUCAGUGUCAGUUCGCGAGGGACAGGGGGUGGUGCUGUUGUGUGGUCCCCCAUCUCACUCUGGAGAUCUGACAUUCUCCUGGAUUUUUAAUGAGUAUCCCUCGUUUGUGAAGCAGGACACACGACGCUUUAUCUCCCAGGAGACGGGGAAUCUAUACAUCGCUAAAGUGGAGCCCUCUGAUGUGGGCAACUACACCUGUGUGGUGACCAAUACUGUCACCAAAACCAGAGUCCAGGGCCCGCCCACGCCUUUGGUGCUCCGCAGUGAUGGUAUAAUGGGUGAAUACGAGCCGAAGAUCGAAGUUCAGUUUCCAGAGAUUGUCCAUGUAGCCAAAGGAUUGACAGUGAAACUGGAAUGUUUUGCAUUAGGAAACCCUGUCCCCUCUAUAAACUGGAAUAGAGUGGACGGAAUCCCCUUUUCUAGGAAGGUGGAUGUGAGGAAAGCCAGCGGUGUCCUGGAAAUCCCCUAUUUCCAGCAGGAAGACGCGGGCACAUACGAGUGUGUGGCAGAGAACUCCAGGGGGAAGAACACUGUAAAAGGAAAGCUCUCAUUCUACGCCCCUCCACAUCUGAUAGAGAAACCUGAAGAUGUGCAGAAGCCCAUUGACGACUCUCUAGUGUGGGAAUGCAAGGCCACCGGGAAGCCCAAGCCCUCCUAUAGGUGGAUGAAGAACGGAGAGAACCUGGAGUCACUGGAGGAGCGCAUACAAGUUGCCAAUGGAGCGUUGUCAAUCAGCCGGCUGACGCUGUCCGACAUUGGAAUGUAUCAAUGUGUGGCUGGAAACAAACAUGGGGAGGUAUACUCCAAUGCAGAGCUCCGAGUCAUUGCUGUUGCCCCAGAUUUCUCCCAGAACCAGCUGAGGAGCCCCACCAUGGUGAAGGAGGGAGGAGACGUGCUGAUCGAGUGCCGGCCCAAGAUGUCCCCCUGGGGCGUGAUCUCCUGGAGGAAGGGCAGCGAGGCUCUUCGAGAGAGCCACAGAGUUUCCAUUCUGGAUAACGGAAACCUCCGCAUACAGAAUUCAACCAGACCAGAUGCAGGCCUUUACACGUGUGUGGCAAGAAACCAGUUUGGAGUGGCAAGCAGCUACGGGACUCUCAUGGUCAAAGAGCCGACCAUUAUAACAACGGCACCGUCCACACUGGACGUGACUGUAGGAGAGAGCAUCGUGCUGCCGUGUCAGGUGACUCAUGACCCGUCUCUUAAGCUCAUGUUCACCUGGUUCUUCAACGAGCAGCUGAUCCACUUUGGCAACCACGGCGGAUACUUUGAAAAAGUGGGCGGUCAGCAUUCCGCUGGGGACAUCAUGAUUCGGAACAUCCAGCUGAGACAUGCAGGGAAGUACACCUGUGCAGUGCAGACCAAGGUGGACAGCAUCUCCAUCGCAGCAGACCUGGUGGUCCGAGGUCCCCCAGGCCCACCUACCAGCAUCCAUGUAGAAGAAAUCAGUGACACCACAGCCUCUCUCUCCUGGAGACCGGGGCCUGAUAAUCACAGUCCAAUUACCACAUACACUAUCCAGGCUAGGACACCCUUCUCCCUGGGCUGGCAGGCUGUCACCACAGUUCCUCAGGUGGUGGGGGGCCGCAGUCUGACAGCUACUGUAAUAGACCUGAGCCCCUGGGUGGAAUAUGAGUUCAGAGUCCUGGCAACCAACGCCAUUGGGACUGGGGAGCCCAGCAAACCAUCCAAAGAAGCAAGGACAAAGGAGACAUCUCCGAAGGUCACACCAGCUAAUGUGAGCGGAGGUGGAGGCAGUCGCUCAGAAUUAGUCAUCACUUGGGAGCCUGUUCCUGAGGAGCUGCAGAACGGAGGAGGGUUUGGCUAUGUGGUGGCCUUCAGACCGUCCGGAGCCACAGGCUGGAUGCAGGCUGCCGUGCCCUCAUCAGAAGCCUCCAAAUAUGUCUUUAAGAACGAGAGCAUCCAGCCCUUCUCCCCCUUCCAAGUGAAGGUUGGAGUGUACAACAACGAAGGGGAAGGCCCAUUCGGACCCGUCAUCACCAUCUACUCUGCAGAGGAAGAGCCUGGCAGAGCACCCACCAGGAUCCGUGCCAAGAGUCUGUCUGCGUCUGAGAUUGAGGUUUCAUGGAAAGCCCUGCCUUGGAACACCAGCAAGAGAAGAGUUCUAGGCUAUGAGUUGAGGUACUGGGAGAAGAGAGAGAGGGAGGAGGCAGCCAGUGUCCAGAGGACGGUAGGCAACCAGACGUCAGCCAUUAUCCGAGGGGUGAGAGGAAGUAACACUUACUACGUCACAGUGAGAGCGUACAACACGGCCGGGGCUGGGCCUCCUAGUGUCACUGUCAAUGUCACCACCAAGAAACCACCGCCCAGCCAGCCCCCAGUGAAAGUGAUGUGGAACACAUUGAAUUCCAAGAUAAUCCUGAACUGGGAGCAAGUCAAGGCCCUGGAAAAUGAGUCAGAGGUCACUGGUUACAAAGUGCUCUACAAGCGUAACCGACACAGCCGCCCUAGUGUCAUGGAAACCAACACGACGUCGGUGGAGCUCUCCCUGCCUAUGAAUGAGGAGUACUUCAUCCAGAUCAAACCAUUUGGGGAAGGAGGAGAGGGGAGCAGUAGCAGACAGAUCACCAUCCCCAGAAUACCAGGUCCCAAUGCAAUUGGCUCGGCGACCAAGGUCUCUACUUUAUCAGCCCUCAGUACAAUAGCAUUGUCUUUCACAGCGCGAACAUCGUUAUGACAAAGCGCUCCCAGUGAACAUUGCAUCUGAUGCGGAGGCAUCUCAACAACGGAACACAAACACCCUCCGUCUGGUGUAACUAGAUCCAUUCAUUUAGGUUUUAGAGGCAGGAGGACGAGCAACGUUGGAAAAAGUAAUUGAGAUGAGAAGGAGAGAAAGGGCCCCGCUUUCAACAUCCCGCCGGCCGGCGAGAACAGGAAAUCCACCGAUGUCUUGACUCUGUUGUUACCAAAGCAGCUUUCAUUCAAAUGUCUUAUAUGCAUCUUUUGUAUGAUAUGUCUAGCUUUUAUAGAUUUAUUUUGAAACCAAUUCAUAAUUAGUCUGGGCUUUUUAGAAAAGGCAAGGUUGAGUGGAGUUCAGUGUAUGCCCAUACUUACAGAUACAUUUUUUUAGUUUUCAGUUUGUUGGAAAGAGCACUUUUGUUGUCUAAAGUGAAGAGCAUUUUCUGGUCAAAAAUAAACCUGUAACUGUGGUUUCAUGUCAAACAAAGACCAUAAUUCAGUCUUCUUAGGAAUUGUUACCACUGAAAUUAUGUGUGUAUUGCUAACUAUUUUUUUAUUACUCCAUAAAACAUUGCACUGAUGCCUGAGGAAAAAUUUGACUUAACAAAAAUGUGACAUUAUGUUAAAGGAUGAGAGUGACUUUAUUCACCCUCACUGGUUUGAAGUCCCAUCUUCCGCAGGUUCCUCAACCUUGACCAUUUAAUUGCACUGGUGACUGGACCCUCAUAUGGCUGUCUAUCUCAUCCUCUCAGUUAGCCAUGUGUCUACUCUGUAGCUAUUCUAUUCAACCUCUGUUAUCCGUAUGUCUACUCUGUAGCUAUUCUAUUCAUCCUCUCAGUUAGCCAUGUGUCUACUCUGUAGCUAUUCUAUUCUUUGCCUUGUGUGUGCCUCAUCAUAUGUUCAAAACCCUCAGGUCCUUAAAGAGCCUUAAACUUAUAUAUAUCAACAACUAUUAGAAACCUAGAUGUCUGUUAUACAGGUGCUGUAUGAUGUGUAGCUACACACUGCAUCAAUAGACAGGUUGUAGGGGUUUGAGUUAUUACCAUCCAAUGUAUAUUCCUAUGGUCAUUCUUAGGGCCAAGUUAUGUAGUCAAGAAAAUCUCCUUGUCCUAGUUAUAUAUUAUAGUUAGGGCCAGGGUUUUUUCCUGACCCUGUGACCUGGCAAGGAAAAUCUCCUGGCUCUUGUCAUUCUGUAUGAAGGAGUGGUGGGUUUCAACAGCAUGGUGCUGUUCAGUAUGGUUUAAGGGCAACGUGGGAAGCCUGGGACAUUUUAGUGGGUUCACUGACUGCAUCCUUACUAAAAGACAAAUGCUGCUGAUGAUCCUUUCCUUUCCCAUAGUCUUCUGAUGCUGUUUGAAACUGGUACAGUACAUUACGUAUGUAGCUUGUAGUCCAGUGAAGAAGUCAAAAGUGCAGGUAGUUUGUAGUACUUUCAAAGGGAAGUUUAGGCAGGAAUCGUGCAUCGAGAAAUGUGUAAUAUACUUUUUUGUACACUUCAGAUCAUUUAUAUACAAUGAAAACCUUUCUAAAGAGCUGAUUAAGUUGGUUUUUAUGUAAUAACACAAAUGUUUCAUACAGUAGCUAAAUGUCGCUUAGCAUGAAUGUGUUUGCCCUUUUCUGUACAUCUGCUAACUGACUGAAUGGCUUGAGACCAUGCAAAGAGAGCAGGUUUGUGCAUCUCUACCCGUUAAACCACUAUGUCUGGGCUUCUGUCUCAGACAGGUAUGUCAUCCUGUAGGCCUACACCCUUUGGGAUUUACCAGUACCAACUAACUAUCCAUUUACUCCAUGUCAAGUUCUGUUUUUUUGCUGUUGUUUGUUUAUACUGUGUUAUUGAAUAAAGUUUAUUGAUUUAUAGAAGUGA